ACAGUUUCUCUCUGUUUCUUGCCCUCUCGCCGGAUUCCGGCGUGAUGCUCUGCGGAAAAUAUUUGACGGCAAUUUACGCGACGAUUCGGAACGUGAGAUCCGACUGAACUGCCGAAAUCAAGGUUAUUCUAUAUGGAUGAUUAGAUUGGUGUUUCCUUAUUUUUGACGGAAGUCUCAGUAAUUGGGUUGCUCUCCUCUCGGUGUUGCUCUCAGACAAAUUGAUUUUUGUGGGAAAAAGAAUUGGGCGUCUUCUGGUUUGUCAUUCAACUUUUGAAAGCGGAUUUCUUUUUGAGGAUUAACUGCAAAAUGGCUAUAUCUGUAUUGGGUUAUUUGUUUAAUUUAUGGAAACAAUAAAUACAUGGAGAUUGAUUGCGUUCAAGGAUUGGGAUUUUCUUUUCCGGGUGAUAGGGGAAUAACGGAGAAUUGUGGGAUGAUAAUUGUUUUCUGUCAUUUCAUCUAGAUUGUUUUGUUUUUGGAAGAUUUGAUUGAUUUUGUUGUUGGGGGUAUACUAAAAAUUCAAUUACUUGACAAACAAAGCUUGUUUUGAUUGUAUCAUGGAGGAGGUGCAAGAAAGAAAUCUAACUGAAUUUUUUGUAAGAACUUUGAGGGGAGGAAACAAUGAUGGUCGUUUGCGAUUUGGAUCAAGUGAUUCGCUUCUCCCUGGUCUCUUUGAUGAUGUUGCAUUGAAUUGUCUUGCUUGGGUCUAUAGAUCAGAUUAUGCUUCACUAUCCUGCAUAAACAAGAGGUUUAAUAAGUUAAUUAAAAGUGGCUAUUUAUAUGAGUUGAGGAAGCAGCAGGGCAUUGUGGAGCAUUGGGUAUUUUUGGUUUGUGAUCCUAGGGGAUGGGAGGCAUUUGAUCCCAUGACAAAGAAAUGGAUGGCACUGCCCAAGAUACCUUGUGAUGAGUGUUUCAACCAUGCAGAUAAGGAAUCCUUAGCUGUGGGUAGUGAAUUGCUGGUUUUUGGACGUGAAAUGUUUGAGUUUGCAAUUUGGAAGUAUAGUUUGAUUCAUAGGAGUUGGGUCAGGUGUGAGGAAAUGAAACAGCCUCGUUGUUUAUUUGGAUCAUCUAGUUUUGGUUCUGUUGCUAUUAUUGCUGGAGGGAGUGAUAAGAAUGGGAAUGUUUUGAAAUCAGCAGAGCUGUAUGACUCCGUGUCAGGCAGAUGGGAGAUAUUGCCAAACAUGCACUUGCCACGUAGAUUAUGCUCUGGCUUUUUUAUGGAUGGUAAAUUCUAUGUGAUUGGGGGGAUGUCAAGUCCUACUGAUUCUCUGACUUGUGGGGAAGAGUUUGAUCUUGAGAGUAGAAAAUGGAGAAGAAUAGAGGGAAUGUAUCCAAAUGUUAAUAGGCCUGCUGAGGCUCCUCCUCUUGUGGCAGUUGUUGACAACCAACUAUAUGCACUUGAGUAUCUAACCAAUAUGGUGAAGAAAUAUGAUAAAGAAAAGAACACCUGGCAUGUGUUGGGAAGGCUCCCUGUUAAGGCUGAUUCGUCAAAUGGAUGGGGUCUGGCUUUCAAGGCUUGUGGAGAUAAACUUCUUGUUGUUGGUGGGCAACGGGGUCCAGAAGGCGAAGCUGUUGUUCUGAACUCUUGGUGUCCAAAGUCAGGGGUCAACAAUGGCACCCUGGAUUGGAAAGUGUUGGAUGUGAAGGAAAACGUUGGGGUGUUUGUGUACAAUUGCGCUGUGAUGGGUUGUUGAGCAUUUUCUUAGGUUGAAUUUGAUGAUGGUGGAAGACUUUCUUGGUGUUGGUGGGCACUUGUGGAAUACGGCGCUCUGAUCAAACUCAUGUAUAAUCUUCUAUCUAAUCAUGGCCUUUCAUGGUACUUUGUGAGCACAAUAAAUUGUUACCAAGAUAGCCAUUCUUUAAGCUAAAAAUCUGGUGGUCUUUUUCUUAUUAUGCCUCAAUUUGCAUGUAUAUCUUUCUUCCCGAUUUUGCAUUUCUUUUGCUUUCAGUUAAACAGUUGUGCUAUUUGGCAAUUUUCU